AUGGCUCCAAGAAGAAGCGCAUCGACCGCCGGGCUGGACACAGGCCAUCGCGCGAAGAGGAACAAGAGCAACAUCCUCGCACGUGGGUACUCUACCCAAAAAGUAAUGCACGACGCUGACAGAGUCCUCCUCGAAUUCAGCACAGAAGUCACCCAAGACAAGAAGUUCCAAGCCUCUACCCAUUACAUCACUAAUGUGAAGUAUCGCCUCGCCAACAAGACCGGCCGCUUCCAACGAGACGAAGCCGAAGAGCUCGCAACCUUCGACUCCUACGGCAUCGACAAGCAGCACCCCAACUUCCAGGCGGAGUUCCUCCCCAACGGUCACUUCAAACAUCUCGGCAUCCAUGGCCCACGCAGUUCCAAGGACCUCCUCGACGCUCAGAAAAUCAUGCUCCUAACCCAUACCAAAGUCGGCCCCCACUCCCACCCGAAGAUCGAAUUCCCAGACAACCACCGCCAACUCUUCAAAGACAGCGAUACAUACCACUACCUCUCCGAAUUCGAGCUCGCCGACCCAAAACACCGCAGCAUGGGCUGGGGCCCCAUUCUCAUGCGAGGCUGGCUAUCUCAUCUCGCCAACGCCGACAGCGGACUCGGGGAGCUUUCCUUCCAGGGUCUGUUCCUGCUCUCGCCUGCGCCAAUUGGGUGUAAUGGUGGGUUGGAUGUGUACAUGAGGACGGUGCAUGCGCUUAUAAGGGCGUAUAAGAAGAGUGAGUAUGAGGUUAUUGUACCUGGUGAUGAUAAGGCGAAUGGGCCAAUUUAUGUCAUGGGCAGGCCGCAUCCUAAGCCUGCGGGGCUUCCGAGGAGUACGAUGUUUGGGGUGGGCGCUUUUGAUUUGGAUAUGCCGGAUAGUCCGCUUACGCCGUUGCCGGUAGGGGAUCUCACGGUGCCGGCUGGUCUGCCAGACGUGAGGCCUACUGGGAAGCCGAUUGUUCCUGAGGAUCUGAGGAAUGAAGACACCAGCUCGGAUGAUGAUGAGCCUCUCAUUCACAAGCAUCGAAAGACCGGCGGGCUGAAACUUCCAGCAUCGACUACCACGCAGGACUUGACGAUGCAAGACAGCUCCGAAGACGAAGACCCAGUCAUCCCACGACAACGCAACAUCACCCGACCAACAGCAUCAACCGCCGAUCGUGUCAUACUCAAGCCAGUCCCGCGGCGACCUCGCCCAUCAGCCAACAUGUCACAAGGUACGUUCAACGACAAGAACAUCACUAACAUCACCCAGGCCACCCAAUCUCUCACCCUUUCAGCGCCAUCGAAGCGAAUGAACACACCUCUCAAGCGUGGCGCCAAGCCUCCUCGCCAGGGCCUCGAUUACCCUUGGCACGACCGCCAGGUGUAUCUCAUCACAUCGGAUACACCCCAGGAAUGGGUUACGCAAGGUUGGAAAUGGUACCAAAAUGCCAUAGCGGAGAUGGAGCUCCAAGCCUCCGCCGCUGCUUCCGCUCCACCACAACGCCCGCAGGUCGUCCCUGCUGCAGCUCCACGUGCUCAACGGCCAACUCCUGAUCGACGUUCAACGUACCAGAAACCACCCAUCUUCUCUCAACAGAACCCUCGCCGUAGCCACUACGAAGUCGUCGACAAAGAUGGCCAAUGGCCAGCGCGCAGAAUCCUCGACGAGACGAAGAAGAGCUAUCUCAUCGAGUGGGAGAGUCAUCCGAAGACUGGUGAGGAGUUUGAGCCGUCGUGGCAGCCGAAGUGGAAUGCUAAUGGGGCGCUUGUGAGGGAGUGGAUGGUGAGGACUGGGAGGUAA